CGACUCAGUCCACAGUCAUGUGAGAGAUGUUUUCGUUGCAUCGCUUCCGCCUUCGGGGUUUCUGGCUCGCUAAGUCAUGUGUGCGUCAAAUUAACAGAUUUCUGGCUUGGAAUCGCCUCGGCGUCUCAUCUUAAGUGUCCGCCGGUGCUGGAAACACUCCCGCUGGGUGCGACGUGCGGUGGGAGCGAUGGCGGACGGCGAACGGUCACCGCUGCUGUCCGACCGACACGACGCGACGAACGGCUUCUCUCCCGGUUUUCUGCCUGAACCACAGAGUUUAGCACCGUUCCCGAGCUCGUUCGCCCCAGGCGAGCCUCCACCUCCAUACUCUCCACAGGGAAGCCCAGACAGCAGCAGCGCCCCGGUCAUCGGCUGCCGGGUCUGUCAUAGUGUCAUCGAUGUGGAGGGAAAGAUGCACCAGCAUGUGGUGAAGUGCAGCAUCUGCAACGAGGCCACGCCAAUUAAAAACGCUCCGUUGGGAAAGAAGUACGUCCGCUGCCCAUGUAACUGUCUGCUGAUUUGCAAAGUGACAUCACAGCGGAUCGCUUGCCCAAGACCAUACUGCAAGCGCGUCAUCAAUUUGGGACCAGUGCACAUUGGCCAAGACAGUCCUGAACAACGGCAUCAGCCUGUUGGCAUCAGAGUCAUCUGUGGCCACUGCUCCAAUACGUUCCUGUGGACAGAGUUUUCCGACCGGACCCUGGCCCGUUGUCCACACUGCAGGAAAGUCUCUUCUAUUGGUCACCGCUACCCAAGGAGGCGGAGCAUGAUUUGUUCCCUGUUGUUCAUAGUGCUGCUUGCCUCCACUGUUGGACUGUUGGUUGGUACAUGGGCCGCUGCCAAGAGAUCCCAUGGAAUCUAUGUGUCAUGGGCGCUGCUCAUUCUGCUGACUCUUUUGAUCAUGGCAAGGACCAUCUACUGGUGGUGUCUGAAAAUCAGCGACCCAAUAUCCAACGUCACAUAAAGAGAGUGGACAAAUGGAGGAAGAAAUAAUACAAGGGAGGCUAGUUGACGAAAAGAGGGGAUUAGAGUCCCUCUUAACAGUUGCCAGAACCUUGUGGGACCUGUUGCUAAAGUUAAACUGCUUUAAGUGGGACGCUCAGAACGAAGUAAAUUUAUAUUUAACUUAUUAAGACUCCACAUUCAUGCCAAAUUACAUUCUUGAUAAGAAUUUUUAGUUAGACUAAAGAUUAAAUAUAAAAUUAAGAAUAAUUAUUAUCAGAUUAAAUAUAGAAUGGAGACUCAAGCUGCAAGGACCCAUGGUCAUGUGUCCUGGUGAGUUUGAGCAGACAUACAAAGAAAUAUGGUAGUCAGUGGUAAAACAAAUGAGUUAGACAAAGGAAACAAAUGUGUUUAAAAUAUUUUUUCUUCUCUUCUGUGUUUGACUUAAAUGUUUAAAACCUGAAUGCUAAAGUUUGCUAUAAUUGAUGCCGCUACUAUCGCUUUCAUAGAUACAUUUUGUCAUUUGAGUGUCCCCCCAUUAGAAGGACUCAUAGUCAAUGACACCUGAUGAAAAAUUAUGUCAGGUCAAGUGUUAAUCAGUUAGAACUCGGUUUAACGGAGAGAUUGGUGAAGGAGUGUGGACAGUGCAGUGUCUUAGUCGAGGCCAUGUGCUUUGUACAGUAGUGAUACCUUGAGUAAUAAAACCUCAAACUGUGCAGGUUAUAAAAACAACGUAUGUUCAUUAAAUUCAACGUUUACUGACACAGAAAUUAUUAGCAAUGAAGUAACUUUGUAAAGGUGCAAUGAGUGUAAAUAAAUGAAAAUAAGGUAAUAAGCAAAGACAAACUGAAGGAAGCUUGUUUAAAAAAAACUAAUACGAAGGAUAAAUUAACAGGGACUAACUGGGAACAAACAGCAGCAUCUCCUCUGUUUUCUCAUUCUGAAGUCAAUCGAGUAGCACGUUCUUCUAACCUCAGGGUUUUGUUCUUCAGGCCUAAACUCAUUACUCUGCUGGCAGUCUGUUUAGUCACGUCACUGAAAUAAACAACUUGAAGCACACGUGAGAUGAUCUAAUCAAUUAGCUCUCUGGUUUUAAUUCAAGCUUGUUGGAGACUAAAUGUGAUUGUCACACUCAUUCCAGCUUCUUCCUCUGUUUAAGUGUAAACGUUCAGUGGAUGUUGAUUACUUUAGACUGUACAGAACUAUCAGAGCCGUUGCUUCUCCCUUGUGGCUGACGUCUGUGAGUACCUGCUGACUGUGAAUCAUGUUGCACUACACUGUACUUAUGUAGUACUAAAUAUUUCUGUACUUGUAAUUCCAGUGGAUUUAUUGUUUUUGUUAUGUUGUGGAACUAAUAAUGCUUUUAACAAGG